AUGGUAAAAAAUCUCAAGUCUAACACUCAUAGUAAAACAAGAAGACCCUUACAAAAAGCCAACUUCAUUCAAACAGUCGAUAUUUUCAACCUAAAGAAUAAUCAUGAACCAUUUCAAGUAGAAAUCCCAUUAAACAAACUUUUCCAAGAGAAAAUAGCUCGUACUGCACGCACAAAGUGGUGAAAGGUUACAGAAAACACCAAAGAGUUUCUCGAUGGCUUUCAAAUCGUAAUCCUAAAUUGCUAUCGUGGGCCUGAACACGGGAGCGUUGAGAAAGAAACUCUUGCCUUUUCAUGGCCAAUAGAAUCCAUCGAUGAAGAAGAUAUAGAAGCAUGCAUAAUAACCGGCGAGAUGGAUGACUUUUACAUUCAAGGAAACAACCCAGAUAUAAACUUAACUCGUCUCUAUUCCUGCCACCCUCUUGAUGACAAAGAUCUCGAAGAAUUCAAACUGAAUGAACGAGAUCUAAAAAAAAGUAAAUGUCUUUCGGCUUUGGGAUGGAAAAUUUUUAUGUGAUACUAGGGACCCUCAAUAUGAAAAUAUUCUACCAAUCAAGCUCUAUCAUUGGCACAUAAAUCAUUUUUAUGCUAUACAUUUUGAAAUGGAUAAGGCUACAGCAGCACCUUCUGAUCAAGAAAUUUUGAACCUAUAUUCUGAAGAAUGACUGCGAGAAAAUUAUGAUAAAACGCUACAUCUACUGCAAAGACCGCUGCAAAGUGCCAAUGAAUAUACAUGCGAAAUUUGUGCAAUUAUUGCAGCAGUUAUAGAAAUAAAUGGAAAAAUAAAGGAACCUCUAGAAGGAAGAUGAAAGAAUGGCGGCUAUUCUAUUGCGAUGCUUUUCAAAUCCCAAAGCAUUAUCUGCGAGAAAAUAGCAAAAUACCAAAUUGGGGUUUUUGCAGAAAGAGGUGAAAAAGUUUAUCUUCUUGUCCAUUUGCAAAAUCUCAGCGUCAUCCACUCAUCAUUUGCCAUUGUAGAAGGGCCUUUGAUUUAUUUUUAUAAUUCUUGAAUGAUGAAGCCAGUUAUUUUGAAGCUUAAAGGUCUCAAGCAAUUCACGAUCAAGGAUUUCAAAGGAAAUGGAACACUUUUUAUUCCGAAGGAGUGGUUCCGAUUAAGAGCCUUUAAAUAA